AACCCAAAUCCCCCGUUUGCGUUACAGAUCUUUCUAUUCCCACUUCUAAAGAAUUCAUAUUUUUUUCAUAAAAUACUCGUAAUAUUUUUCUUGAAAUCACACUUUUACUUCAAUGUAAUGUAAUAAAGUUUGGAUUUUUAAUCUAACUAAGCAAUACCCAUUUGGCUAUAGACUUAAAAUUCCAUCUGGGGAGUAUGGCAAUUAAAAGAGGGAAUUCAAUGAGAAGAAACAAUGGGGGAAGUGGAUCUUGGAAGUCAAUUAUUAUACUUCUGUUGUUUUUAGUUGCUGGUCCUAUUGGAUUCUUUGUUGGCCAUGGGAUGUAUUCCACUACUUCAUUUGAAGAAAAUGAUUUGCCGACUAGUUUUACCAAAGGGGAUGUAGAUUGGAGGGCAAGGCUGGCUUUACAACAUGUUGGGUCACUUUUUUCAAAAAAGGUUAUUGAUGUCAUCAAGGCCAACACGGAUGAUUUAGGACCUUGGAGUCUUGAUUCUUUUCGGAAAAACAACUUUUCAGCAUCUUGGAAAUUUUCCGGGCAAGAAAAUGUGAUUGAUAGCAACUCCAGUCCUGCCGAGGUUACUAUUCAGAUUGUGGAAAGUAACAAAAAAUCGACUCUAUCAGGCAAACUGGAGAAAAUAUUAGAUGCUGGUCAUUCUCAAUCAGUCGAUACACCUGCAAAACUAGCGAGAAGGCAACUGAGAGAUAAAAGACGUGAAACCCGAGCAGCUAAUUUAGUAAAACAGGAUGAUGAUGUGAUCAUAAAGCUUGAAAAUGCGGCCAUCGCACGGUCGAAGUCAGUUGACUCUGCUGUUCUUGGGAAAUACAGUAUCUGGCGAAAAGAGAACGAUAAUGAGAAUACUGACACAACCAUCCGAUUGGUUCGGGAUCAAAUGAUCAUGGCUAGGGUAUAUAAGAGCAUUGCGAUGAUGAAGAACAAAACACAAUUGGCACGUGAACUACAGAAUCAACUCAAAGAAAGUCAACGUUCUUUGGGUGAUGCUACUGCAGAUACUGAUCUUAAUCGCAGUGUUGCGGAUAGAAUUAAAGCUAUGGGUCAACUACUAUCGAAAGCUAAAGAACAACUUUACGAUUGCAAGCUGGUAACCGGGAAGCUAAGAGCCAUGCUUCAAUCAGCUGAUGAGCAAGUUCGUAGCUUGAAAAAACAGAGCACCUUUCUGAGCCAAUUAGCAGCCAAAACAAUUCCAAAUGGAAUUCAUUGUUUAUCUAUGCGCCUAACCAUUGAUUAUUACCUUCUUCCAUUGGAGAAAAGGAAGUUCCCAAGGAGUGAGAAUCUCGAAAAUCCGAGUCUCUACCACUAUGCUCUCUUCUCUGAUAACGUCUUGGCUGCAUCAGUUGUUGUGAACUCAACGAUAAAAAAUGCAAAGGAACCAGAGAAGCAUGUAUUCCAUCUUGUCUCUGAUAAAUUAAACUUUGGAGCGAUGAAUAUGUGGUUUUUGCUGAACCCUCCUGGUAAAGCUACAAUCCAUGUGGAAAAUGUCGAUGAGUUUAAGUGGCUAAAUUCAUCCUACUGUCCAGUUCUUCGACAACUUGAAUCUGUGGCGAUGAAAGAAUACUAUUUCAAAUCUGAUCAUCAAACGUCUCUCUCUGCUAGUUCAUCAAAUCUGAAGUACAGAAACCCCAAAUAUCUAUCCAUGUUAAAUCAUCUUCGGUUCUAUCUCCCCCAAGUUUAUCCCAAACUGAACAAAAUCCUUUUUCUUGACGAUGAUAUUGUCGUCCAAAAAGACUUGACAGGGUUGUGGAGAGUUGAUCUUCAUGGGAAAGUAAAUGGUGCUGUUGAAACAUGUGGUGAAAGCUUUCACCGUUUCGAUAAGUACUUGAAUUUCUCGAAUCCUCACAUUGCGAGAAAUUUUGACCCAAAUGCGUGUGGCUGGGCUUAUGGGAUGAACAUGUUUGAUCUCGAGGAGUGGAAAAAGAAGGAUAUAACUGGCAUUUACCACAAGUGGCAAAAUCUGAAUGAGGACAGAGUUCUAUGGAAGCUUGGGACGUUACCACCUGGGUUGAUGACAUUUUACGGGCUGACACAUCCACUUGAGAAGUCAUGGCAUGUACUUGGUCUUGGGUAUAAUCCAAGCAUUGAUAAGAACGACAUUGAGAAAGCAGCCGUCAUUCAUUACAAUGGAAAUAUGAAACCAUGGCUUGAACUGGCAAUGACAAAGUACCGUUCGUAUUGGGUCAAAUACAUAAAGUUUGACCAUCCGUACGUCCGGGGUUGCAAACUAGGUCAAUGAAAAGAUGUUUAUUUUAGGAAAAAUGCAUUCGAUUCUAUUCUUUGUUAUUACUAGCAUUGUGUUCAAGUUGUUCAUUGUGUAUCUAUGUAUCAAUGUAUGCAACUCUGUUUUUACUCGAUUAGGUUUAGAGAAGAUCAUAUAGGUUGUGAGUUGUGACAGUGACCCUUGUUCAUUUCAUACAAGAAUAUAGGACACGGGUCUAAAUGUAAAUGACAUGGAUGUGAAUAUUUUACUUCCGUUUCUACUGAAUAAUUGCUAUGUUUCAAUGUUACUUUUGUUGAA